AUUCUGUAGAUAUAUUGACCACCUGUUCUUAGUUCUUAAUUUCUAGAUUCUUUUUCAUAAUUUAUCAUUUAACUAUAUAUUAUGAUAUUCCAAACCAUUAACUUUAUUCCUUAUGUCAACUAUUAACUAUUGAUGUCAUUAUUAUUUUUUUUAUAGUUAGUAUAUUCACAAUUGAUCAUUAUCCGGAAAUUAUUAAAAUUUUACAAUUCACUUGUAUACCUACUUCACAUAAUAUACUUAUUUAUAGUUCCAAAUUAAUUUUGUUGUAAAUUCAAAUUAGUAAGUGAUUCCAAUAUUAAAAUAAAAUAUGAUGCCUAGAGGAAAAAAUGGUUAUUCCUGGGAAUUAAACUCGGGAACUCAAGACAGUGAGCCUUUACUAGAAAGGGAUACUGAAGAUCCAGAUGAUGUGUUAUUUACAUCUCGCCCUGGCACAUCAACAUUUGUAGCUGAUAUGCUUAGUUCACAUUCUCAUAAGAUGAAUAAUCAACACAAUCAACUUGACCUUAUAUCUAAUUCAGUAAAAACGUUGAAAAAUGUUUCAGAAGAUAUAAGUGUUGAAUUAGAUCAUCAAAAUGUAAUGCUUGAAAAUUUAAGCUCUGAAUUAGACAAAACAGAAUCAAGAUUAGACAUGGUAUCAAAAAAGGUGGCACAAGUUCUACAAUUGUCUGAUGAUAGAAGACAAUGGAUGGCGAUUGGAAUUUUAGUCGGUAUUAUUUUAAUAACCAUCAUUCUUUUAAUAAUUUUAUAAAUUAUGUUCAAACAUUAUAUUUGGUAAAAAGACUGAUUUUAUUUAUUUUAUAUUUACUUUUCUCAUAAAAUAUAUUGACAAAUUAUUAUAAUGAAUGUGGCAUAUAUGCCAUUCAAUUUUAUUAUUAAAAAAUCUAGUCUAAAAAAUAGUAAAUUCUAUUAUCACU